GCUUGAGCUUUUACGAAUGGACAUUCUUAAACGUAAAAUAUACCCAUACACUAAUGUCAACAACAAGAGGAGUCGCUGAAAAUCGCAGUCAACAGCACCAUCAGAAACAUGAUAUCAGUUUGAAAGCAAUAUACAAAACGCUCCAAGAGCCUCAUACGGCGUUGGGCGUUCGUUGUUUGGCAAAAGUUACUAAUGCAUCCGCGAAAGAGAUCAACCAUACUUUACUUAAACUAAUUAGUUAUAAAAAGCAUCAGACUGCUGAUUGGUCGCCGAGAAGAUUAGCUCGCUGCCUCAAUUUUAUAUUUGUUCACAAUAUUAAACCCCAUUUACAAGAUCGAUCCGGAUUACCAUCUUUCAAAGAGUGCUUACGUUGGAUGUUGGAAGUCCUCCGAAACGGUAUGGACCAACCUGCUGUUAUGCCUCCAACGACUCAUAAGCAGGGACACAGCAAUACAACAGCGUCAGAUUUAGUAAUGCUUCAAUAUGCAGCUAAAUUUUUGUGUAAUUUGAUGGAAACAAUUGCUCUUCAUGGAAAUGAUACAACAGAUACAGCGAUGGAUCUUAGAGCAGAAAUAAAACAAGGCCAAGGGUUGAGAGCUCUCUUGUACUAUUGCCAAAGCACAGUACAAUCAAUACGGGUUUAUGCAAUAAGAGGUUUAAAUGCUCAGGCACGACAUUUUCUAUGCGAUUUAAUUGAUCUCGACGCAUUUGAUAUUCUGUGCCGCCCACUAAGUACAACUAAUUCGCUUCUUACGACACUUUCUCUUCAUCCGCCUGUAACAGAUACAAAUGACAAACGUGCCGAGUUAAGUGAACAUCUACUAUUUUGCCGACUACUUGAAUCAUUCUUUAAGUACGAUACGACUGCCACUCAACAAGAGCAAUUAUCCGCGGCUCGUCUACGAUUUGCAAAAUCAAUGAAUUGUACCAACAUUGUUUUCUUGUGGAAAGAUAUUUGUUAUCAUGAAUAUAAACGAAUUCUUGAGGAACAACAGCACAACAAAAAAAGCCAAACUGGUAAACCAGCAAUCAAUCAAGGGCAACAACAGUUUCUGAAGAAUCAGCGUUUAUUGAUGUACACAUUGACUACAAUUGUUCAGAAAUGUACCAGAAUAUCUGUUUUAGCAGCGAAUAAUGCGGCAAAGGAAUAUACAUUAAGUCGCUGGAUACCUCAAUUGUACAUUUCAAUGAGUCGCUGGGUUCGCGAUACAUGUUGCACGAUGAACACGCCGUUAUUGACGCCUGUUAUGUUGGACAGAGAGAAAAGACUGAUUGUCAAAUUAUUGCAGAUUUUGUUAGAUACAUUACCUAUUAUUCGAUCCAAUUUAGAGAAGCCACCCAAUACAGACGAUGAAUAUACCAUACAAUACAAUUGGCAAUGUUGUGUCGAUACAGUAGUGAGCAAUUUAACCAAUUUUUUCAUGGCCUUUAUAUCGCAACCUAUACCUCCAGAGCAAUCAAAAAUGUUCGGUGAGUUUGUCACUCUCACUCAUCCACAUGUUUGCAUUGAUGUGGAAGAAAGGGGGUAUCAGUUAGAUGGUACGAAGCUGAAUCAUACGCAUCAAGAUCUAAUCAUCAUAUCCUUGGAAUCUUUGAUUCAAACUAUACAACUGGCGACUUCAGACUGUAAAAAGACCGUAGCCUCCCGUGUUGCAUGGUGCUUGAAGUCAAUGCUUACUAUCUUAUUGAAUGCAAAUUUGUUGCCUGACUCGCCAUUACAAGCUCGACUAUCGAAAUUGGUCGUUUUUUUCCUUCACUAUGAAGAAGCCAUUACCAUGUUUGCCGAGGCUUCAUCAAACAUAGCGGAAUAUAUUUGGACCCCCACAAUUCAGAUGGCCAAACACGGUUUAUUAAAAGCUGUUUCUUUACACUCGUUACCGAAUAAUUCAAGUAAUAAUGUUGACAGUAAUAGCCUUUCUGCUGAGGACUUAUCAAUUAUCUCAAAAGCUAAGCGAGCUUUUUUGGCCUUAGAGUUGGUCUCACGCCAACCUCGUGCUUGCGAAAGGUUGGUUGAUUGUCAAGUACUUCAAUUGAUUGACGUGAAACUGAUUCCUUCCAUUACGGUCAUGGAAAGGUAUGCACCGUUGCUACCGCUAUAUGCCCUUUUUGGUCGGUUUGUAGCUGCUCUAUCUCGGCGCAUGGCCUUUGUGCGAACUCGGUUGCGGGAUGAGCACACUUUUUUUCCAAUGAUUAUAAAACUCCUUGAAGGAGCUAUCCGAUUGAAGGAAGCGAACAGACAUAGUUUACACGCUCACCCGGACUAUACGACAGGCCAUUCUGACGAUAGCUUUGAAAUAGAAACUCGGUCACUAGCCCUUAAUGAUUUAGAAGAAAGGGUAAAAUCUUGGAAUCAUGUCAUUACAAGUUGUUUAUUGGUUAUUAGCUCAUUCGAGUUCGACACAAAAUCUAUGAUACUAUGGCUCUCGUUUAACCUUGCUUCGGAAGACAAAGUUGAAGGAACACCAGACGAGAAGCAACCAGAUGGCAACAAUACAUCAAUGAAAGGGUCAGUUUUGCCAUCCCUUUUGUCUAUUUUGCUCCCAUGGCGAAAAUAUGACACAAAGUGUACCAUAGCUAUGAUUGAGACUGCCUUAAAAUCUGACGAUAUUCAAUUAAUAUCGCUAGCUGCACAUGUACUGAGCUUAUUCGCACCGAUAUCCUCAUGCACUAAGCAACUGAUACUUGAUCCAACAGCUUUAUCAGAUAUUGGUCAAUUGAUUGUUAUUGUAGGAAAUAUAUGCUUUGAAGACUUUUCAAAUAUUAAAUUUGUGAACAGCAUUAUUGAGGGGAUUGGUGUUAGCAAGGAUAAUAACGAAGUCGAAGUGUUUACGAAAGAUUCAGUUAUGUCAUCAAAUGGCAAUGAGAGUGAUACACCAACGGUUCUUAGUGGAAACAGGGCAAGUGAUAACGAAGAUAUUAAGUUUGAUGCGAUCAUAUCAGAAAGCGGCAGCGAUUCCGGAAAUGAAAGCCGGCCUAUCAGGAUUCCCUUCAAUACGUUCAAGACGUUAACGGCGCAUCUACUUCGCAUUGCUGUCUAUACACUCUACUUGGGUAAUAAUCUUCCUUUAAGUCUUACACACAACUGCUUUACAACUUUUUUUCAACAAUUGCUGCAGCAUUCUUCGAAUUGGUUUAUUCGUGAACAAUUAAUACAUUCAAUUUGCUCACAUUUUUGUAAUCAUCGAAUGCAAAAAUUGUUGGACCUGUACAAUUUCACAGAACCGGCAGAAACUUCACUUAAACUACAUGAAAUGACAGCGAUCGCUCUAUGCUAUGCAGUUAUAGGCAGUCAUUCGGAUAGCGAUUACUGGAAUCGUUUACUUGGGUUAAAUGAAGACGUAGAGUCUAUACUCGACGCCAAUUCAGUGUUUAGUAAUGUCUGUCAAAUGCUUGUGUACGAGCUUAUUUAUGAAGAAGAUUACGAUAAUGAAGAGUUGCCCCAAAUGCAAAUCGAAAGUGAUAAAGUGACAAUGGUGACUAAUUUGCGUAGAGAUGCUGCAGCUCAGGUGAUUGAAAUAUUAGCACUCAACUUCAAUCCUUUAUGGAAUACAGAAACGAACGCCAUUCCUUUGGUUGAGGUUAUACCAACUCCUAUUGUAUAUGAUGGGCUACCAGAAACAGUGCACUUUGUAACAGAUGAUGCCGCUCCGAAUACAUAUAUUCCGGGAACUAGACAGCUGCUCAGAGCACGUUCAGCUAUUUUUGAAGCUUUGCUAAGCACAGACUAUGUAGAAUCGCAAAUGAAUGCUAUUCCAAUUCAUGAUAUAAAAUUUAAAAGCCUACAACAGUUCAUCGAUGUCAUUGAUAAACUCAAUAAUGUCAAGGAAGAUAUUAGUAACCCAGUGGAGUAUGUAUUGCCGUCAUCUACAGCUUGGCAAGACAUCAUUGAGCUGAUAACCAUAUCUGACAGAUUUGGCUCACAACAUGUGAAAACCCUUUGUGAAGUCUGGAUAAUAAAAAAGGUACAAAGGAUUCAAGAGCAUGGAUAUAAUAAUGGGAAAAGUAAUAUGCAAUCGAUGGAUUUGAGUGGUAUGCUUACCUUGUUCCGACAAUGUCACGAUGCAUAUGAAAAAGAUGGUGGUAUUUCUUCAACUACUUGGCCCUUCACAAUGGUACUAAAGGAAACCCUCAAGUGCGUGUUGCAAUAUAUGUCAAUAUCAAUCCAGACUCUCGAUUUUCAAUUUAUGGUGCAAGAAGAAAAAGACGAGGAGCUCAGCAUAUUCUGUAAUUCUAUAGCAAAGUUAUUGACCAAAUAAAAAUGUUACACGAGGCAGCCCUUUUUCUAGAUUUCUGCUUUUAAUUUUUCGAAAAC